AUGGGCUUGGUUCGUGGUGAAGCCCAUUUGGCACAUCAGAUAGUUUGCCGUCAUAAUCAAGCGGAUAAGAUCGAGAGCGACUCCAUUGUUGUCGUUGUUGAUUCUCUUCUCUCGAAGCUACUCUUCACGAAGGUAGCGUUACCAACGGCAUGUGGUGAUCUCACCCUCUGCUUGGACUGCGCACGAACCAUGGCACAAUCAUCGCAGAGGUGUCCGUUUUGCGACGUGCCUGUCACUAGACUGAGGCAGGAAACAACCAUUAGGAUGCCAACGGAAGAGGAGAUGGAGAGAUUGAUAACCCCUUGCAGCUUCCCCCAGAAGGAUGCCGGAGAUUUGGCCACGGCCAAGGAUCGUCGUGCCGGAUAUGAGGAAGACGGUCAAAACUACUACCUUCUCGUACCAAUUCGCGGCGAGUUCGUUGCGUUCCGUGCAGAUGAUUGGUUUCAGAUGAAAAAAACCCCUCUUGUUGCACAACGAAACCUCGAAGAGGCUGAGGCGUUGAUUGAAAAGCGUGAUAAGUCGGUCGAUAAAACUGCAAACCGAUUUCUGAAGAGCAACCCUACAAAACCGGGCAGCGACGAGAAAGACUCAGGCAAUCUAAAGGGUGACGAUCAAGACGAUGACCUCCAGUGGGGUGAUAUCGUUUACAAGGAUGACUCCACCAGUAGUAAGUCAGCUUCAGGCAGUCACAAGUCCGACAAUCAGAGUACUGAUGACGAAGAAGACAGGCUUCUUUUGGGGUGA